GAUGAAGAAGACAGUUGUAAUUUGCUAGAUCAAGGUUAGUUGCGAUUACGUGUUAGCGGAAUGUUUCAAAAUGUUGAUAGUUUGGAAAUAUAUACGAGUUAUUUUGCGUUAAUUAAUCGUUAACGCAUUCGUUUAUAUGUGACUCUUAUCGAUCAUUCCGUUCGAGUAUAUUUUCCAGUGAGAAACCUUCGGUUACGAUGUAGAAGGUUAAUCGUCGAUGCAAUAGAGCGGUAAAUAUACAAUAAAAGACAUAAAAUUUUAAUCUAAGGUAGAUUUAUGCAUCGUAAGAAAUCAAUAAGAGAUUAAAAUGAGUAAUAGAGAGAAAAGUGAUUUCCGAUCGGAGCAAUGCUCCAAAACUAAGGAGGAAAGGGACAGGAGACAAUCGGUGUCUUCGCAAAGCGACAAUUCCGAUCUGAAGAAAAAAAGACGAAACACGUGCAGUAAAGACAAGAGAAAGAAAUCAAAGCAUAGAAGCAGCUCGAGCAGUUCAAGUUCGUCUAGCAUGUCCAGUUACGAAGCUAAGCACCAAAAUGACAGAGACAAAAGAAACGACAAAUGGGACAAGAGGUACGAAAAUGGAUUCAGAUCGUACAGAAUGAAUGCGAGGGAAGGUAGAGGAUAUUAUAAAGGGCGUAGCGGAUUCAUGGAUAACCGGAAACGUAAUUUUGGUUAUCGGCCAUACAAAAACUCUGGAUUUUAUGAUAGAAAUAGAAUGCAUAACAAUUCACAGUAUAAUAGGUACAACAACGACAGGAGAGGCAGUAGAUUUUCAAAUCAUAACAGUAGAAGGCCACCUUACGAUAGAUCAAGGAGUAGGAGCAAUCAGAAUCACGAUUGUCAAAGAGAUAUUAAAGAUUCCAGUGAACAUUCGAGAGAAAGCGAUUCGAAAGAAAGGCAUUCAAAACAUUCGAAUAGCGACAAAAUGGAAUCUAAGAAAGGCGAUGCGGAUGAUACUUAUCUGAAAGGAAAGGAAAAGAAGAAAGAAGACGACACGCAGGAAAAGACUGAUCAUCCCGCUCGUAAAAAGUCAAAAAGAAAAAGGUCCUUGUCUGCUUCAAGUUCCUCGAGUGUUAGCAGUACCAGUAGUGAAAGUAGUAGCAGUAGUUCCAGUAGUAGCAGCACCAGCAGUAGUUGCAGUAGUAGCAGUACCAAUACAUCAGAAGAUGAAAGAAAACGUAAGAAAGCUAAAAGGAAAGCUAAGAAGUUGAAGAAAGCUAUGAAAAAACGCAGAAAGAAGAAAAGAAUGAAGAAAAAGUUGAAGAAAAAGCUAAAGAAAUCAUCUUCUAAGAAGAAGUCGCGCAAUACUGACAAGUCCAAAGAAAGUGUGUCUAAAGACGUUGUACAGGAUAUAUCAGAAAAAUCUAAAGCAAUGGCGCCAAUGACGAAAGAAGAAUGGGAAAAGAAACAAAGCAUAGUACGCAGAGUUUACGACGAGGAAACUGGAAGAUACAGGUUAAUUAAAGGCGACGGGGAGGUCUUAGAAGAAAUAGUGAGUAGGGAACGUCAUAAAGAAAUAAAUAAACAAGCGACUAAAGGAGAUGGAGAUUAUUUCCAGGCACGCUUAAAAACCAAUGUUUUAUGAACUAU